AUGGCCCAUGCAGGUGGCAUCUGCUCAUCGGCUGUCCUGGAGGAGAAGCCAACGGCCUGUGUGGCCAGCAGCACGGCUCUGGCCAUCAGGAACUCCACCAUAAUUGCCCAUCGACUGUCCAUUUAUCUGCCCCAAUUGCUGCUGCCCUCCAGGGAUCCCCAGAAGCUCAUUACCGAAAUUAACUGCCAUGUGGCCCAAUUCCGGGAGAUGCUCAUCUUUAUAGGACAGGCCAGGGAUUCUCCAGAGCUGCGCGAGAAGAUUAGAAAGUUGAGAAGGAACUGUGUGGAUGCCUGCAAGCACACCGCCCAUCUGAUCACUCCACAGCCACGACAUUGUUUGGGCAGUCCCAGCGAAAGGAUGCACUUGACCCUGCUCUUUCAUCUUACCCAGCAAUUUCAGCAUGAACUGAUCAAGAGUCAUCGUUUGAUCCAACUGGUGCCCCUCGAUAUGACGGAUUACUAUGCUCCUUCACGAACUGCACCCUCGAAUCUCGGCAACGUGAUUAGUCAAUUCCUGUUGUGCAAGCAAAUAAAUCCCGAUUUCCAGCAGGAGGAGCUGUGCAGCAUUGCCAAGGACUCGGAGGAGCUGACAGAACUUUUGGAGGAGCUUCAGGCCCACAUGCCCUUGACAGAGGCAUCUCCCGACACUGAACUGGAUCCGGCCCAGAAAUCUGAAAGUAGUCUUGUAUCACUGAACACUCCAGUUUGGUAUGCCCGCCAGCGAAGAAGAAGUUGCAAAACACGGAGUCGCAGUCUCUGUUGUUGUUUGGCCAAAAAUCGUACAAAAACUUAUUGA